CGAAAACGUACGAACGGCGUGAUCAUGGGUUGUUGUCGAAAGGUUGUCUAAAAUAUGGAAUUGUCGUAAAAAAAUAUUUUGUGUUUUUUUUAAAAAAAAUUUAUAAGUAAGCAAAUAUAUUUUUUUGUGUGUUUUCAAGUGCGUCACAGCCUGAAUCAACAGUUAAGAAAACACGGAAGAUAAUUUUUUUUCGUUACGUUAACAUCAAAUGAUCCAGAACUGAAAGAAAUAUGAAGUGGAAAAUAUUUUUGAUUCUACUUUUUUUACUGGUAAUUCGAAAUAAUGCUCAGCCGAAGCAAACGCAGCUUUCACCUACAGGGUUAAAUGUUUGCAGCCAUAAGUUUUCAUACAACAGCUACUACACGCUGACAUCAACCUAUCAAAGCUAUGAAAAUUACCGUACAUGCUGCAAAAGGUUUUUUUGGUGCACCAGUCAUUGUACACGCUACAGGAAGCGUACACGUUACUAUAUCAAAAGCUUAAUACGAGUGAAAUAUGCAACUUCUUAUUUUUGUUGUCAAGGAUGGGCACGAGUUGAAAGUUCUUGCCCACAGGCUGUUUGUGUACCACCUUGUGAGAAUGGAAAAUGUGUUCGACCAAAUCAAUGUGAGUGCAAAGCAGGUUUUACUGGAAAAUACUGCGAAACAGAAAUAAAUGAAUGUCUUGCACAGCCACGCCCUUGCCAACAAACAUGCACAAAUCUUCAUGGUGGUCACCGAUAUUCUUGCUCCUGUACAAGAGGAUAUCGAAAGAUAGGCUCUCAAGUUACAAGUCCUAAAUGUGAAAAUGUAAACGAGUGUCAGGCUGCAAAGAACAAAUCAAUAAACCUUUGUGUUUGUGCAUAUAAUAUACCUGGAUGCAAAGCUACUUGCCUGGAUACACUUGGCAGUUACAAAUGUCAAUGCAGCUCUGGCUAUAGAUUGGUGGCUAACCGUGUGUGCACUGAUGCAAAUGAAUGCUCCGCCGGUACUCAUCAAUGUUCUCAGAUUUGUAUAAACAAAGCAGGUGGUUAUGUAUGUGACUGUUAUGUUGGCUACGAGUUGAGUGCAAAUAAACGAUCUUGUCUGGACAUAGAUGAGUGUCAGCUCUCCAAUGGAGGGUGUGACCACAAAUGCACAAAUUUGCGAGGGUCAUACAGAUGUUCAUGCAAGAAGGGCUAUUUGCUGUUGAGCGACCGCAUGAGGUGCCAAGAUAUCAAUGAAUGUAUGAUUAGUAGGCCGUGUGAUUUGUUUUAUGGUAAAUGUAUAAACCGUGCAGGUGGUUACGAAUGUGGUUGUAAGAAGGGAUACGAGCUUCAAUACGAUAAGAAGACGUGCAAAGACAUCAAUGAAUGCAAGGGUAUCAACUACUGUCAGCAGUCGUGUGUUAACAGGGAUGGCUCCUACCUUUGUUCGUGUAGGUUUGGAUACAAAUUGAAACCAGAUGGCAGAACUUGUGAAGAUAUUGAUGAAUGCAAAGAAAACUUACAUACUUGUGAACACAUUUGUGAAAACAAUCCUGGUUCAUUUAAAUGUCGUUGCAGACCUGGUUUUAUCCUAGACGCGGAUGGUAACACAUGCAUUGGUCUUCCUUGCAAAACUUUAUACGCACCUCAUCAUGGGUCAGUAAAUUGCACAGGUUUCUAUGCGGGCGAUCGUUGUUAUUUUGGUUGCAAUAUUGGCUUUCACUUGCAAGGUGUUGGUAUGAGAACCUGUUUGCAGAAGUCCAGAUGGACGAGUGGUGAGCCAAAAUGUAUUGCUAUGCAAUGUCCAGCUGCUAAGCCACCAGUGAACGGAGCGCUUAUUCUACCCUGCAUAGAAGAGUAUCGCUCGAAAUGCAUCGUUAAAUGCAAGCAAGGGUAUAACUUAAAGGGAAAGAACACCAUUGAUUGUGAUAUCAAUGCAGGAAUUACAAGAUGGAGAUUGAAUUCAACAUGCAAAGAAAUUCGACUGUGUGCACCCAACCCUUGCCAACACAAAGGUUCGUGCCAAGUUAUCUCCAAUACCAAGUACUCUUGCGAUUGUACCAAUACGGGCUACAUCGGUGACCAAUGUCAAAUUGGAGAACUUAAAGUUCCUGAAUUCCCGCAAAUGCAGGUAGCAAUAGAAUCUGACGAGCUCGUGAUCAAAGCCAAACCCGAUAAUCAGUUAACGAUUACCUUGGAUACGGAACUUCCUGAUUCUGUUGUCUUUACUCCAAGUAACACACUGCAGAUUGUUGCUCCUCGUGAUGAAGUCACUUUUAAAGUCACACCGAAGCGCAAGGGUUUAAUUCGAAUCAAGUACAUAUUAUCUGGUGCGGACAGUUUUAGCUUUGUCCAACCACGUGACGGUGUGAUUUAUGCCUUAGAGAGUGUGACCAAUAGUCGACUUUCGACUAUUCCAGGCGACAACUUUAUGAAGGCCAACUGUCACGAUCUUCACGUCGAUAAAUGUCCCGGUCCUGAUAAUAUUAAACUUUCUUCAAGCUGUCGCUGGGAAGUUUUUGGAACGACCGGUUAUGUAAGCGUAUCGACCGGAUCCAUAUCACUACCUCUGUCGUUAACCGGUGUUAGUUUCCUUGCCAACGAAGGCAUUAAGAAAUUUCAUAGCAGCGGUGUUUUGACAGUUGCAAAGGUGACACAAGAUAUGCUAAUUAGCGGACGCACAAGUUGCGCCUCGGGUAAAACGUGCACGAAUGCGAUCAAGUCCGAAUUAGAUCAUGAUUUUCUCCUUAAAAGAAAUCAAUUCCUUCGAUUUUUUUACAAGUCUGUGAUGUCUAUAAAUCCAUGGUGGAUCACAUACGAUUUAACGACUGACCAUAAUGGCUUCCACGUAAAUGACGUGCAAUCUUUGUUGAUUCAAAAGCCCAGAAUGAGGGACUUGAUUGUUUGUAAGCAUAUACCGUCAAGCAUUUCGGGAACAUCUUCGGUCCUUGUUACGCAUGCGCCUGUGAAUAUAGCUAUGGCAACUCAGGAAUACGUCAUUGAUUCAUCCCACCCAACAUGCAUCGUUGUAGAUUUAUGUAAACAAAUCUCGUACAUCUCACUUCCAGUGGACAAGUCUCUGACACCCUCUCACGUACUAUCCUCGAUACGUAUAAAAAUAAAGGGACUGGGGUUCAGCAACAAGAGUGUCAUAGAAGAUUCAUGUAUGCGUUUUUGGAACGGAGUCACGGGGAAAGAGAUGCAACUGUGUGUUCAAGCUAAUGUCUGGCUGAAAGCUUUCAUCAAUCUCAAUACGGACAACUCUAACUUGGCUUUCAACGGUGAAGUCUUUUCAACUGCUAAUAUGGAAUCUUUUGUUACUGAACGCUUUAACAUGGAACACAACAUGCUCCUCCGUGGAGAGCUUUCUGGCAAGCUGUCAAUAAAUGUACAAGGAAAGAAGUUAAACCUAGUCUAUCCAUCUGCGAAGGUGUCUUCUUUUGUACAAUUUGGAGGAACUCUUCACCCAUCCUGCACGAUGUGUUCCACGAAAGGAAUAUACUUAUCCAUGUUGGCAACCAAACUAAACAUAGACUACGAAACUAGCGUGUUGAGGAUCUAUCCAGAUUUAAAUAUCCAAAACGCAAAGAUUCAAGCCCGCCUGUAUUAUGACGUCAUAAAAGGUCACGUAAUAUUAGUAGAGAACCUGCCCCGCAUAAAGUUAAUGCUGAGAUUUCUAGCAAAUACAAUAUCUGCGCAGAUUAGAGGCAUUCAGUUUGCAAUGGGACCGUUAGCUGCAAAGUAUAUGUUGGAACUUGGUGAAGUGACGAAAGCUUCAGCAACCUUUUCGGUGUUGUUGCAGAAAGGAACAUUAGUAGUGUCGAUCGCUGAUCCAAAAUACAAAGACGUUUUUGUAGCUUUAACCACCGCUAAACAAUAUGUAGCCACUUUUAUCGAUUCCUUGGUGGCGUUGAAGGAUGCUGUACAUAGCCAUGAAGUUAAUUCGUUUGUUAUAAGACGAGUAGAUAUGCAGGUUUUAAACUUGCGACGGACAAUGACUCGUCUGUUGACGUUGCAAGCAGUCCCUAAACUUGCCGCGACGCAAGAAAGGUUUGACGGUCUAUCUGUGAGUUACGUCGGGAAAGUCUGUGUUUUUAACCUUUGUUUUGAUAACGGAGUUGUUUCUGUUUAUGAUUUAAAGCGAGAUCAGUCUUCCUGUAGCGAAUGUUGGAAUACAAGUAGUUCCAAACUGUCCGAGUACACUUAUAUAGACACGGUAAGUAAAGCUUCUAAACAGCUGGGGUCUUACGUUAAAGUUAAAAGUGGCGCGAGAGUUAAAAUUGAGGUAUCGAAGACUUCAGAUAAGUUUGUAAUCGAGCUGCCAGCAACAGUAGCUAUGUUUGAUCAACUGUUUGAGGUUCUAUUACGAAUCGAUAACAAAGUGAUUAGCUACACAUUAAAAAACGUUUCAAUCGCGCAAGAUCUUGUACUUGACAUCAAGGCUAGAGCAGAUUUUACUGCAUCGAUAACAUGGAACACGAUAAAGUUUACGUAUGAGGGACAAGCAAGCGCCUCCUCUAAGUUAGGGAGCAAAAUGGAAACGCUCGCUAAUACUAUGAUCAAAAACAUUGCUUUACGAACAAUCAGAAGGAUAAACGAGACUCGUUUUAAACUCUCUCAAUCUAAUACGUUGAUCGAAAAGAACCAAGCUGAAGUAUUGAAGCUAAAAGCUAAUGCAGAUGCUAAGAACCGAGAACGACGCUUGGCGACAGCUCAGUACCUCCAAUAUAAAUUAAACUACACGAAGACCUUAAAGUCGUUCCGAGAAUAUUUUGUCGGUGAUUUUAUUAAGAAUCUUGAGAAGCGACUGAACGAGACGUGUAUCUACGAAGAAUGUUCGGAAGUUUGCUUCACUAUGUCACUGUACGAUAUGUGUCAAGAUAAACAAUUUGUAAUCGCCAACGAGCUGCGUUGCGACCAAAAGCAAGUCAAAACUCGCACCACGGUGGAGGAGCCUUUUAAAACUGAUUGUGCAAUGACUAAGCAUAAUUUUAUCCCGAUUUAUACGGGAACAUGUCGAAAAGGUGGGCAAGCCAAGUUAAAGAAUUCGUUAAUGGCUACUGGGGCAGGCGUAGGAGGCUUAGUCGGGUCUAUAAUCCCAGGACUUGGAACUGCUAUUGGAUCAGUAGUAGGUACUGCAGUUGGUUAUUUUGCAAGUCUAUUUUCUUCAUGCGAUGAAUCAUACGAGGUAUUCAAGCAAGUGAUCAAUUAUCAACAACCGUGUGUUUUAAAGAAAUAUAACACAAGAACAAAGCUUUUUACCGUUUCAGAUUGCUUUCCAGUGCAGCGCUUAGUUCUUUCCGAUUACGGUGUCCCGUAUCCAUGCCCUGUAAGUAAUUCAACGUGUGUCCCGAUUUUUGACCCUGUAUGUACGCAAAAGAAUAAUGAAUGUAAAAGAAAUCGUGAUACCGUUAGAACGAGGGAAUUGAAGAAGGCUGGGGUAUACAAUGAUACAUGGUUUAAAUUGAAUUUCUUCGAGAUUAAAAUGCAAGAGCAAUUUAUAAUAAUGGAGAAGGCAAAAAGCGUCGCCGCUGAAGCGCAACGAAAAUACGAACGCAAGGAAGCACUACUUAAGGAAGCGAAACUGGAAGCUAAGUUUGCUCAACUAACUAUUGACAAUAUUGAUUUAACUUUAAGCUUUGAAAAAUGUUUAUUAGGAAUAUACCAAGCUACAGCUGAAAAGGACAAAGCUGUCGAAUUUACUGAUUACUCAUUUAAAACUUCGACACCGAUUGCUGAGAAUUUGCUGAUCGAGUUGUAUGUAAAGGGCGGGAAGACAGGAAAGAUGCUCGCCGAAUUCUUGUUUACAUUUAAAGACCAAGAUAUAUCAAUUCAAAAUGGCGUUCGUAAGAUCAUUCAACAGUAUCUAUGCAGUGGUAAAACUAAAAGGCGUCGGCGAUCGUUUGUUGAAAGUAUAUCUUCUAGUCCGCUGGGUCACCACAAUGACUUUUCUUUCACAACCAGUGUGGGAAAAGAUGUAAAGGACUCGGACGUCGUAUGCUUAAGUUCCAAAACAAUAUUUAGCUACCUUUCUCAUUUAAUUAAAGAACUAAAGAAAUCGCUUGCGUUGAAUUUUAAGCGUGAAAAGGAGCUAAAGCAUUCUUUGGGAGAAUCUAACAAAUUAAUCACUAAUCUUCAAUCUCGGGAAACAGAUCCCCUGAUGUUUAAAAAGCAGCUAGAAUGGCUUCGGGAGACGCAUGCAGAGGGCGUUGCGGAGCUUAAGGAGUACUCGGCUGAAAAUGUGUUACAAAAAUGGCGACUAGAUAUGGAGCUAUACACGCAGAGGAGUAAUUUCACGGCUUGCUUGGAUGCAAAUGAUUGCGUUGAAACGGCCCUUGAAAACCUCAAAGAGUUACCAUCCAUGUUUAAAGGGACUCGCUCGCAGUACGUGAAACUAAUCAAAGAUUUUAUGGAGAAUUACGCUAGACUUUUUAAGUUUGCCACCUCCCUAGAAGCUUUACAAGGGCUAAAUAAAAAAUUGGAAAACGUAUUGGAAUCCCUAAAAAAUAUGACGCACUUUUGCUCCCGCGUUCCGCAAGUACGACUUACAUCACCCUCCCAAGUGAUCUCCUUCGUCGGUGAUGUUGUUGAGCUAGAAUGUAAAGCGACAAGCCCACUUCCAAUUUCAUACAUAUGGAAAUUUGAUAACAAAACACUGUUGUUUGAGACGCAGUCGAAAUUGAAAAUAUUUCUGCAUACGUCGGCGUUUGGUAAAUACAGGUGCGAAGCUUGGAAUCUAGCUGGCCGAAACCGAUCCGAUGAUACCUUCAUCGUUCUUCGCAAGAAACCCGUGAUCGUAUCGCAACCGGAAGAUUUUGUCUAUCUAAGCACGGUUGCGAGCAAGAUUUCUCCCUUCUUCGAGUGUAAUGUAACUGCCGAUCCGCAAGCCAAAAUCACAUGGUAUUAUCAGUCGUAUAGCAGCCAAUCAAAGUCUUUGAAACUACACUCUACUAAAUCAGUUCUAAGGAUUGCUUCACCAACCGCAAGCAACAGCGGUUUCUAUUAUUGUGUGGCUAUUAAUCAAUAUGGCUCCAUUACAAGUCGAAAAGCGCGACUGGAUGUUUUGCGAGGUGACGUUCCACACCAAGAAGUGUCUGUUGAGUUUGACUUGGGUCUGGGUCGCAUUGAUAAAGUUAACAGAACGGAGUACACAGAAAAGAUCCUCAAGGACUCGAAACUAUCUGUACAACAAAGUGUUCACGUUGAUAUGCAAGCUGCUGGUUCGGCUGACGUAAAAUUUGAAGUAACGCUUGAAGAUAAAUCUAACGACAAUUCGUACCGAUUGAAUGACGUCAAGUUAAUACGAAGUGUGUCAAAGAAACGGCAGUCGCUUUCUGAAGGCGUGCAAAGGCUUGUUUCAGGGUUUGUUGAUACAAAAGGAAAAGUUACGUCGGCUGAGAUGGAGAAAACAAUGGUACUUGGUUUUAACGGUGACAAAUGUCCAACCGGAUCUAAAUUACAUAACAAUGGAUUCACUUGCGUGCCAUGCACGGCUGGUUCAUAUGGCUAUGCCGGUUUUUGUUUACCUUGCCCCAUCGGAACCUACCAACCAUUACCGGGACAGGAUAAGUGCAACUUAUGUACAAACACGCAAGUAACCGAGCAAACUGGAACGAUCAACAAGAUGCAUUGCCAGUCACCUGUUCUUCGAGCUAUGGAUAUUAUACUGCUUGUCGACACGUCACAGAGCCAGAGUUUAACGCAGUUCGAUAAUAUUCGUCAAUUCCUUGUGAAGUUUCAUAAAGAUUUUGUUCAAUCUGGCAACGAUGUACGAUUCGGAUUGAUCACGUUUAGCAAUUCCAUAAACUCUGUUAUUUCUCUCGCUUAUCCAAAUUCGGCAGCUGCCGCUACUAUUAACAAUCUAUCGAGAUCAACGAGUGCCAUGAGAAAAACAGACAAAGCGAUAAAGUUUGCAUCGAGGAUAUUCAGCGAGAAGUCAUCUGUAACGCGUAGAAAACUUCUUGUCUCGAUUAUCACAGGUCGUACAUCGAGUUUGAAUAAUCAAGAAGGGUUUGUGUUGCUACGUCAAGCAUCGCUCGACUUGCAUAGAGGUGGAAUAGAAAGUGUAGCUGUUGGAUUUGGAGGUUGUGAUAAAACUGACCUUUUAGCUCUAGCAUCAGCGAAAAAGGAAAACAACAUGCUUGAAUUUGACAGCGCUGUUAAAUUGAAUAACGCGAGACAAAAGCUAGCUGCUACCAUUUUAAGAGGUGAAUGUUCCAUCCCUGGUAAGGAUAUUGCUAUAGCUAUUCAAUCUUCUUCUACUGUUCCGGACAAGCUGUGGUCAAACGCUCUAUCCUUCGUCGGGGGUUUCAUCAAUCGUUUGCGAAAUACUCCGACUACUAAAUUCGGUAUUGUUACGUUCGCUUCUAAAGUUGUGGGGAAGAGAUUUCGCAGAUAUAACUCUACUGCUGAAGUUGAUGCUGUUCUAUCGGGUUUGGCGCGAACAAAAGGUGUUCACUUCCCAAACGCAUUGGAAUUUAUGUUUAAUUCGUUCACGACGGAGAAGUAUGGUUCUCUAUCCAAAGUAAAAAUUCUUCUGAUCGUCAGUGAACAAAAGAUAAAAGACGAUGUGUUCGCCAAAUUCCAAAAAUUUUACCAUCAGGACGACGUCAGGUUUAUAAAUGUUAUUAUGUCGCUCGAAAAGCAAGACGUGGGAGUUGCGGAUUUAGGUAUGAAGGAGAGCGAAAAAUUUAUUUACUCGUUGGGCGAACUUGCGGAACUCGUUAAACGUGUGAAGGGUAUUGUACCAACGAUUCAAGUUGAAUGUUUCAAGUCACGCCAGGAAGCAAUAUGAUUCUAUCGUGUAUUUGAAUACUGCUAAAAUAAAUAUAUUUAUGUGUAAUGGAAGAAAUGGUAAAAAAUC